AUGGUGUACCUGGCGUUGGCAAUUGCCUUUGCCAAUCCAGCAGCUGAUAUAGUUGGUUCCUUUUCUGUUAUAGAAGAGAGAGUUUUAGCGGAGGAAGAUUUGACAUGGGCAGGUCAUGGAGAUGGGGAGAAGAGGGAUGUGGAAGCCCUUCUGUCCAUUAAGAACGCCGUUACUCUCGAUCCCCUGCACUCGCUGUCCACCUGGACUGCAAAUGCAUCGUCAAACGUGUGCUCGUGGAAUGGGGUUUCGUGCAGAAAAAAUACCCACAGAGUGGUGGCCAUCAUUCUCCCUCAAUUGGGAUUGGAAGGUACUAUUUCUCCUUCCAUAGGGAACCUUUCCUUGCUGCACACUUUAAAUCUCUCUGAUAAUUCUUUGAGGGGAAGGAUUCCACCUGAGCUUGGCCAACUGAAAGCGUUGAGGCUACUUGACCUCAAAUCAAAUUGGCUGAUGGGUUCCAUACCCACAUCACUUGCUAAUUGCUCACAUAUUCAGUGGAUUAUACUUUCAAUCAACAACUUGACGGGGAGGAUACCAGAAGAAUUUGCUGGUUUGGGCAACUUGCAGCAUCUCCGCUUGUCUCACAAUAGUCUGGAUGGAAGGAUUCCAAAUUCUCUGGGGAAGUGCAGGUCUCUCCUUGAUUUGGUCCUUGGCUACAACAAUCUCACAGGUAGCAUCCCCAUUUCUCUCAGUAAUUGCUCUAAUUUAUCUAUCAUUGAUCUUCCGCACAAUUCCUUGACUGGUGGGAUCCCGUCUGAACUUGGGAGGUUGGAGAAAUUGCAAAGCCUUGGCCUGCACUCCAACAGGUUGGGGUCUCAAAUCCCUGCAGCUCUGGGUAAUUGUUCUUCACUUGAGGUACUGUUUCUGGGGGGUAACUCGUUGAAUGGUAGUAUGCCACCUGAACUAGGAAAUUUGAAACAGCUUUCCCAAUUGUCACUGUAUGGCCCAGGCAAUCUGACAGGUUCCCUUCCUGCAGAAAUAGGAAACUGUAGCAGUCUUGUGUGGCUUGAUCUUGGAUGGAACCUUUUUAAGGGAUCAUUGCCCUUGAGUAUUUUCAUGCUUCCUAUCUCCACCCUCUCUUUAGCUGGAAACAAAUUGAGCGGAACAAUUUCCUCAGAAGUUGGAAAGCUUACAAAUUUAGUCAGUUUGGACUUAGGUGUAAAUGGGUUUACAGGUUCUAUACCAGAGAGCAUUGGAAACCUGUCGGAGUUAACCUCUUUGAUUUUAGGUACAAAUAGGUUAGCAGGGAGCAUACCAGCAGCAAUAACCAAUUUGACGCUGCUUGAGAAUCUCUACCUGGACACUAACAAUCUGACAGGUAUACUUCCUGAAGCCAUGGGAAACUUCCGAUCCUUAAAAAAUUUGUAUAUGUUUUCCAACAAUUUAAGCGGAUCUAUACCAUAUAGUAUUGGUGAACUCAAAAAUCUUACUCAGCUAGCCAUCUACAACAAUAAAAUUUCUGGGGCUAUUCCUGAAAACAUUGGCAAUUUGGUUUCCCUUCAGAGGUUGGAUGUUUCUGGUAAUCAGUUGACGGGACAAAUUCCGCAAUCCUCAGGCAACUGCAAGUCUCUGACGGAUUUGGUAUUGGCCGACAAUUUUCUGACCGGAACAAUUCCUGCGACCCUGUUUAACAGCACUGCAUUAAAGAGGCUAAAAUUAUCCAGCAACUCGUUCCACGGAGAUCUAAAUUUGAAUUUCUCUUCUUCCACCAAAGUUAUUUCAGCUCAUUCUAAUAAUUUCUCUGGGCCUUUGCCUGCUUCCUUGGCCAAUUGUACACAUCUUCACCUUCUGGAUCUGAGCAAGAAUCGAUUGACAGGUGAGUUUCCUCCAGACAUUCUUGCAAAUUGUCAAGAAUUGAGAGUUUUAAGUCUUGGCUCUAAUGACCUUGAGGGUAAAAUACCUCUAUGGAUCACAAACCUUACCAGUUUGCAGGUGCUGGAUCUUUCCAAUAAUAAUUUCAGUGGAAGAAUCCCCUCAAGUUUGAAGGGCCUCAAGGGAUUUCAAAUUCUAGAAUCUUCUCAAUUGACAGGUAAUACGCUCUAUGAAGACAUGCCCAUAGUAAUAAAAGGAAUCGAGUAUACAAUUACUUAUGUGCUGACAGCAAACACUAUACUGGACCUGUCAUACAAUAAUCUUGUUGGGCAAAUACCAGAAAGCAUAGGUAAUCUGUUUAGCAUGAGGCUGUUAAAUCUGUCAGGAAAUCAACUGGUAGGUCACAUACCUGCAUCUCUGGGACAAAUAUCAACUCUGGAACAGUUGGACUUGUCUCAGAAUAGUUUGAGUGGGCAGAUACCAGAAGAGCUCUCUAACUUGUUCCUCUUGGCCUAUUUCAAUGUUUCUUUCAAUGGUCUCUGUGGGCACAUACCCGGAGGACCGCAGUUUGUGACUUUUGAUGAGAGAUCAUACCAGGGAAACCCUCCAUGUUUAUGUGACAAUACAAAUAGAUCUACUUUCAAGAAGUGCAUCAAAAAUGUGACAUUAGUGUCACCUUCAGAAAAGAAGGAUAAGUCACUGUGGAGCAGGCUAGAUGAGCACCUGUCAUUGAUUGCUGUUGGCCUGGGAUUAGGAAUUGGGUUUGCGGGAACAAUAUCAGUGAUUGUGUGGGGAACCAGCCUUGGUAAUUGGAUUAGGACACUGAAAUGA